UUGGGAUGCACUUCCCGUCCUCUAUUCCUGGGGUGUGAUCUACGUUCUCAUGACUUUUCUCAGCUGCCGUGUUUUGCGGUGUGUAGAUGGUUGCUGCCAGAAUUCUAGGUCCUCGUGAUCAUUUCUGUGUCCGCGGCCGUCGCCGAAUUUCCCUUUCGCCUCGGUAGUCGGAGUUAGCGUAGAUCGUACAGUUCUUCUCAGCGAUCAGGGCAAGUGCUUAGACUAGGCGUCAGUGGUGAUCUGCGCGACCCGCUGGCCGACAUGCCGCCAGGCACUCCGUCAGAAGCCGACGAGCGAGAGAAUAGCUCAGCCGCCGUUUCUAUACCCAAUGAAGAGAUUAGCGAUGCGAGGAAUGGCGAAGGGCCGAAAGAGCAGGAGGCGGUGGUGCCGCCGACGGUCAAGUUCAUAAUCGGCAACGAGUUCUGCGAGCGGUUUUCGUUCUACGGCAUGCGGGCGAUCCUCGCACUGUACCUGAACGAGAAACUCAACCUGUCGCAGUCGACGGCGACGGAGAUGGUGCACCUCUUCAUCGUCGCCGCGUACCUCGCUCCGCUGCUGGGAGCGUUUAUCAGCGAUAGCUACCUGGGCAAGUACCGGACCAUUCUCUACCUCUCCUUCAUCUACUGCGCAGGCAACUGGCUCGUCUCCUUCUCCGCCCUCCAAACCACCCCUUCCGCCGCGCUCCCCUGGGCCGUGGGGGGCCUCGCGCUCCUCGCUCUGGGCAGCGGCGGCAUCAAGCCGUGCGUGUCGUCGUUCGGCGGGGACCAGAUCGAGAUGACGAACCCGCCGGGCGCCGCCAGGGACCGCCUGGUGCGGCAGUUCUUCUCCUACUUCUACUUCGCCAUCAACGUGGGGUCGGGGAUUUCGACCAUCGUCACGCCGCUGCUGCGCGUCAACCUCUCGUACAGCGCCGCCUUCGCGCUGCCGGCUGUGCUCAUGAUGGUGGCCACGUGUCUGUUUUGGCUGGGCAGCGGGCGGUACGUGCACCAGCCGCCUGCGGGGAACGUGGUGUCGGAUGUACUCGCUAUAAUCUUCUCCGCUUUGUGGCCGGGGAAGGCGAGAAGGAAGAGCUACCCGACGCUGGCCAUGUCCAUGCCCGUGCCAAUCCCAGAGCGCCACGCCAGCUGCGCUGACGUGGACAGCUCCCCUCUCCUAUCCAGCAGCCCCGCAUCUUACGGCGGCGGGGGGAGCAGCCAUGGGGGAGGAAACCGAUUCCUACAGAGCUCUCCACAAAAUCAGAAUGAGAGCCCUCAGAGGAGAGGCAGCCAGCCGGUGCUGCAGAAGAAGCUGUCCAAGAGAGGCAGCAAGCGCGCGAUCGUGCCCGUGGGGUAUGUGCCCAAGGCGCACUGGCUGGACCCCGCCAAGGCCGAGCACGGGGACGAGGCGGUGGAGGACGUCAAGCUGCUGCUGCGCGUGCUCGCGCUCUUCGCUCCCGUGCCCAUCUUCUGGUCCUUGUUUGACCAGCAGGCGAGCCGCUGGGUGUUCCAGGCGGAAAGGAUGGACGGGCACAUCUGGGGGGUGAAGGUGGAGCCCGACCAGAUGCAGACCAUGAACGCGGCGCUCAUCCUGGUGAUGAUUCCGCUGUUCGACCAGGUCAUCUACCCCGCGUGCGAGCGCCUGGGCGUCUCCAUCCGCCCCAUCCGCCGCAUGGCCACCGGCAUGACACUUGGCGCGCUCAGCUUCGGCCUCUCCGGCCUCCUCCAGAUCUGGAUCGACGCCCGGGCCAAGGCUGGCCCGCCGAGCCUGCUGCUAGGCUCGGCAGUGACUGCUGCGGCAGGGGAUGUGCCUGGGAGGGUGUUGCUUGGCAUGAUUGGUGGUGACAUGACCGGCAUUGGUAACCUGAGCAGCAUCAGCAGCAUCGGCAGCCUUGCCAACGUGACUAGCAAUGUUACCCUGAGCAGUGCCGUCAGUAUAGCUGGGCCGGCCCUGGCCGGGCCUCUGAUGGACGGAUGGGGGGGGGACUUGCUGGCAGCGGGAGGGGCAGCAGUAGCAGGAGGGGCAGGAGGACUGAUGGCAGUGGCAGCAGGAGCAGCAGGGCCAGCAGGCAACGCCAGCCGGCAUGUGCUGCAGGCAUGUGGGGAUCCCGGGAGCCCGCCGUGUGUGUCGCUGGCGUGGCAGGUGCCGCAGUACGUGAUCAUGACGGCGGGGGAGAUCCUCUUCAGCAUCACGGGCCUCGAGCUCGCGUACUCUCAAGCGCCCGCCAGCAUGACUGCUGUCGUCACUGCCUUCUGGUGCCUCACCGUGGCUGGAGGCAAUCUCUUCACAGCAGUGGUGGUCGGCACAGUGGGCUCGCAUCUCUCCCAAACCCAGGAGUUUUUCUUCUUCACGGCCAUGUGUCUGCUCUCCACCGCGCUGCUGCUGUACGUGGGCAAGGGCUUCAUCUACGUAGAGAGCUGCCAGGACGUGCCGCAGGCAGACUCAGACCCAUACUCGCAGAACCACGGUUUUGGUGGAGUUGGAGGGGUUGGUGGUGGGAUCGGGAGUGGUGAGGGGCAUAGUGCCCCGCUGCCUGUGCCUGGUGGGUCGGGUGUGCGGCAAGAUCGGCUGUUUGACAUUGAAGGGGUUAGCAGUGUGAUGUCGCCACCUGCUUCGUACACUGACACCCCUACGUGAAGCUGGAUUGGUGGUGGCUGAGUAGAUUACCAGGAAAUACUGAUUGUUGGAUGGAUAGGGCUUGAUAUGUGAAUUAGCUAACAGUUAUCGUGUACAGGAAUUGUCGUUUGUUUGCAUGCUUUCGAAUCAAUGUACAAUGUAUGUGACAAGUGUAAGAC